CACAUCUCGCAAUGGCGCCUUCCCCUUCGCACCGUCCUCGCAAGAGACGAAAGGCAGACAUUCUAGCAUCAGCCAGCAGCUCCAAUGGCACUGUUGUACAGGAUGCUGUCACCAAACGUGAAGCACCUUCGUUUCCUUUGGUUGCCUUCUUCUGGCCGGCAAAAGGCACGCUCUCAUCAUGGAUCACCAUUCCGUGCAUCUUGAUGGUCAUCGGCCUGUUCAGGUGGUGCACUGCAAUUUGGCCCUAUUCUGGGUUCCAGAAGCCUCCUAUGCAUGGUGAUUUCGAAGCACAGCGACACUGGAUGGAGUUGACGAUUCAUCUCCCCACGACACAUUGGUACUUCCAUGACCUGCAGUGGUGGGGACUCGACUACCCUCCUUUGACAGCAUAUCACUCUUGGCUCCUGGGCACAAUUGGCUCUUACAUCAACCCAUCGUGGUUCGCCCUUUACCUUUCGCAUGGCCUGGACGAGCCGGACCUGAAAGUCUUUAUGCGAGCGACGGUCUAUAUUUCCGAACACCUGGUCUAUAUACCGGCUGUGAUCAUAUGUGUCCGCCACCUUGCGCGGCUACAUAAUAUGAACACGUGGGAAGCAUCAAUAGCAUUGACUGCAAUCCUCAUGCAGCCGGCCACUAUGCUGAUCGACCACGGCCAUUUCCAGUAUAAUACAGUCAUGCAAGGUCUAUUUGUUGCCUCUCUCUCCAACAUGCUCGCCGGUCGAGCAAUGUGGGCUUGUCUCUUCUUUGUCGGUGCGCUGGGUUUCAAGCAGAUGGCCUUGUUCUGGGCACCUGCAGUAGCUGCAUACCUUGCGGGCAGCUGUCUCUUACCCAAAGUUGAUCCAAUCCGCUUCCUCGGAAUUGCGACAGCAACAAUUGGCUCACUCGCACUUUUGUUCCUGCCUUUACUAUUGGGAACUUUCUUUGACACCUAUCGUCAAGUCCCUCUACCAUCCGAUAUAUCCUUGCCGCCUCUUUUGAACGCAAUACCGUUUUCCCUCAGCGAAAAGGCUUGGUACUAUCCAUAUCUGCUUCAGCUCACGCAGUCCAUCCAUCGGAUCUUCCCAUUCUCGCGUGGAUUAUUUGAGGACAAAGUGGCCAACAUCUGGUGCGCAGUCCACGCAUCCGGCCUGCAUAAAUUGCAUCAGUACGACCAAGGUCUUCUCAGCAAGGCAGCGCUUGCAGUGACUCUGGCAUCAAUCAUCCCACCAUGCUUGAUAAUCUUUCUUCGACCGCGCAAAGAGCUACUUCCUCUAGCGUUUGCCACGACGUCAUGGGGAUUCUUCUUAUGUUCAUAUCAGGUGCACGAGAAGAAUGUGCUCUUGCCUCUUCUUCCAAUGACUCUCUUACUCGCGACCGAGGAUGGUAUGAAGCCUAAGAUUCGUGCCUGGGUUGGGUACGCUAAUCUUUUGGCAAGCUGGACGCUGUUCCCGCUCUUGGCCAAGGACGAACUGAAGAUUCCUUACGUGGUCCUGACAUCGCUCUGGGCUUACCUGAUGGGACUGCCUCCUUUCAGCAUUGGUGCAUAUACAACGCCGGCGAGUGAAGGUGGAGUCAAUAUUGUGACCAAGCUGAUCCACGUUGGGACGUUCGCUGCCGCUCUAGCAUGGCAUGGUCUGGAGCUGUUUGUACAGCCGCCCGCUGGCAAGCCUGAUUUAUGGGUGGUUGCAAAUGUUGUAUUGGGCUGCGCAGGCUUUGGUAUAUGCUAUCUGUGGUGUCUCUGGAAUCUGACGAUCGACAGUGCGCUUUUCAAUUUCGGCGGUCGAAAGCAGGUUCGCGAGGAGAAGAAGACCCAGUGAGGAUUUUGGACAGAGAUGACUCGGGUUGUCGUGACCUGAGGCGAGAGUGUCUCUGUUCAUAUGUACGAAUAGUGUACAAUAGUAUACAUCUAGCAAGUCCCG